UUUAAAGUAUCAGAGAAUAUCUAGUUUGGCGAGUUUACCGGAGGCGGAUCUGGAACCUACGGCCUCCUGAUAGACUAGUAGCAACUACUCGGGCCGAAGCAGUAAAAAUAAUGCGACCGGGUGCACGGAGCGGGUCCGGGCGUUUUUUUCUCGUUCUUGUAUGGACUUUUGGAUGGAUGCGUGUUUCUCCUUUUUAAUUUAAAAGGGUGGGCGAGAGGGUGAGUAAACCCGCUUUCCCAGUUUUGAGAAACCAGCGGCGGCACCGCCAAUCCGCGGUUCCGCCUUCCCAACCAAUCAACCAACUUAUAUACCCACCUGGGUCUUCCAACCCUUCCUCUCCCCCUCACUCCAGCGCCCUCCAAUCGAUGCGCGUACGCCCUCGAAUUGUUGGAAUCUAGCCCAGCCCAGCCCAGCCAGCAGACUGACAGCCGGUAAAGAUGAGGAUGAGCUGCAAUGGGUGUCGGGUUCUGCGGAAGGGGUGCACGGAGGACUGCAGCAUCCGGCCGUGCCUGCAGUGGAUCAAGAACCCGGAAUCGCAGGCCAACGCCACCCUCUUCCUCGCCAAGUUCUACGGCCGCGCCGGCCUCAUCAACCUCAUCAACGCCGGCCCCGCCCACCUCCGUCCAGCCAUAUUCCGGUCGCUGCUGUACGAAGCGUGCGGUCGGAUCGCGAACCCCAUCUACGGCUCGGUGGGACUGCUGUGGUCGGGGAACUGGCAGGUGUGCCAGAGCGCCGUAGAGGCCGUGCUGAAAGGCGCUCCCGUCAAGCCCAUCCCUUCCGUCGAAUCCGCCGCGGCGCCAUUACUGUCGCCCUCCCCGCCCCCUCUAAUUACUACCGCAGCUGCUGCUGCUGCAAAUAACAAGCCGAACAACAACUAUAACGACAUCCGCCACGUCUCCAAGAAUACCAAGAAUCAUCACCCCCAAGCAGCGGAGCUCCUCAGGGUCUCCGCGAAGACCCGCGCCCGGUUCAAGCGCUCCGCCGGCGCUAAGCCCUGCGCAGCACCAGCACGUGGUCCGAUUUCCGACUGCCGGCAGCGGCGCCCGCAGAGCCCCGACUCGUCCGCCAGCCGCGCCUCGGAUGAUGACGAGAACGGCGCGGCGCCUCGGGCCGACGAUGAUGUCGAGUUCCGUGAGAGCGAUCGGCUCUCUGUCGACACGGUGGAGGCGGGGUCCCACGUGAGCCAGGCCGAGCCAAGCCCCGCCGUGGAAGGAGGCGCCGACCAGGAAGAUGAGACAGAGGAGGAGGCAGAGGAGGCGGCGGCGGUGGGUCUGGAGCUGACCCUCGGGUUGGAACCGGUUUCCGCAACCACCCGGCCGCCGCGCCGCUCAUCAGCUACGGAAACCCGCUGCGAAUUGAGCGCCUUCACUUCCGAUUCGUUUCGACUCGAUCUCGGGCUUCAGUUAUCUGCUUAACUAAUAAUGUACAACCGAUAUACAUAGAUAUAAUAGAAAGAACUAAAAAAUCGGAGAACGGAGUUUAGUACUUUCCGCGCGAGUUGUGGGCGGUUGGGUAUGUAGAGAUAGAUAGAUGGGCGUAGAGGCUACAGUUUUGUAGGUUUUUUAAGCAAUUUGUUCUCUCUAAUCCCUCGCUGUAAUCUUCGGUCUCGUGCUGUCUCUUGUUUGCUGGAAAGAAUGAAGAAAAAUAAUCUAAGUCCAGCUUAUGUAGAAAACUCUCUUCUAUCUUGUGUAUAAAAUUAUAAGUUUUCAUGAUACUUUUUUAUAUUGAGAAA